CGAGCACCUUAACUAAUCAUCUUACCGAUCCGGUCAAAUGCAUGUCAUUCACUCAAGAAUUAGAAAACUCAUGAGAAAUUACUUUUUUGCUUGUAGCUUGACUCCAAGAAUCGAAACGAACCCUGAAUAACUGUGUAGAAAACAUACCCACCAACCAACCAAACUAACCUUUGAGUUAUAUUAGUCUUAUUAGUUUCCUCUAAAUGCAAGCAAAAUACAGACCCACCGCUUGCUCUCCUAAAAUUCUGAGUUGGGUUUCACCCUCAAAGCAAGAAACUGGUUUUGAGACCUUUUUCACUAUUGAUAGAUAUAUCAUAAAUCUGAGCAAAAUUCGUGGUGCUUCUAGUAUGCCCAUGUCCUAAAAUGCCUUGGAUUCGGCAUCCCACUGUUCCUGUGGUCAUAAUUCUACUUGCUGUUCUGUUCUUCAUCUCCGGCCUGCUCCACUUGCUCGUGAGAUUCCUUUUCAAACACAGAUCUUCCUCAGCCCAAUCCAACAGGUACCCAGAAGAAAUGUCCGGAUCCGGUCCUUUCCAGAGGCAGCUACAGCAACUCUUCCAUCUCCACGACUCGGGCCUGGACCAGGCUUCCAUCGAUGCCCUGCCAGUCUUCCUCUACAGAGAAAUAAAGGGUCCGAAAGAGCCGUUCGAUUGCGCUGUUUGCUUGUGUGAAUUCUCGGAACAGGACAAGCUGAGGCUGCUCCCCUUGUGUAGCCAUGCUUUCCACAUUGGUUGUAUCGAUACGUGGUUGUUGUCGAAUUCGACUUGCCCCCUUUGCAGAGGGACCCUUUACGCACCCGGGUUUUCCUUCGAAAACCCAGUUUUCGAAUUCGAUGAUGAUUCGAGGGAAGAAGAAGUUUCCGGCCAUGGAACGGGUGGGGUGUUUCCGGUGAGGCUUGGCAAAUUUAGGAGCACAAAUGUUGUAGUUGAAGGAGGAGGAGGGGGAGGAGAGACAAAAGAGGAAGGAGAGACUAGUAGUAGUAGUCUGGAUGCAAGGAGGUGUUACUCAUUGGGUUCAUUCCAGUAUGUGGUGGCUAACUCAAACCUGCAAGUGGCCUUGUGCCCUAGUAAUAGGGAUUGUGGUGUUGGAGGGAUUGUGAAAGGUGGAGGAGGAGGAGGAGGGGGAGGGCAAAAUGGGGAUUUAGCAGUUGAUGGGGAUACUGAGGGGAAGAGGAUUAUGAACAUGGGAAGCAAAGGUGAGAGCUUUUCUGUGUCCAAGAUCUGGCAGUGGUCCAAGAAGGGCAAAUUACCAAGUUCUUGUGAUACCCAUGUGGUCAGUACUCCUCCUGUAAAUGUUAGUUGGGCAUGGAGUGAUGUAUCUCAGGCUACAUGACGGUUUUGCUUUGUCCUUAAAUUUGUUGUCUUGAUCCUUUUCCCAUAUGUAAAUCACUAGAGAUGGUGCUUCUUUUCUGCUACACUUUUUUAUGGUACCUGUACAAUGU